AAUAGCGCCCAGAGUCAAUGUUGGGUUUGGGAAAGUCAGCGACACCAAGGCACGGAUGACAUCAUAAAUACCCUGACUAAACCCGGGCUAGUAGAUGUGAAGAGUCAGGUCAUCAGUCUAGAUGCCACACCGUCCGCGGGAGAGGGUGUCCUGGUCUCAAAUCAAAAGAUUGAUAGAAACUACGAUAAGCCUCUUCCAUUCUCCGUGACUUUCCAACUGAUGCCCAUACCUGGACAACCCGGCGGCUUCUUUGUUUACAGUCAGAUUUUCAGACUGAGACUGUGA